GCCGCCGCAGGACGCAGGGAAGCCAGCUAGCGAGUGGCGACGGUGGCGGCUGCAGUGGCAGUUGGCGGCGAGGGCGACGGCUCCGAGGCCGAGUGGCGCUCCGGCGGAGACCUCCGUUUCUUCCUCCGCAUGAGCCCCUUGGGUGAGUGUAUUGGGGAGAGUUGGUUACACAUUCUAGCAAUCUCAAAGGGAUCAGCCUUUUUUGCACUUGAAGAUGGUGAAGCUAGAUAUUCAUACUCUGGCUCAUCACCUCAAGCAGGAACGCUUAUAUAUAAACUCUGAGAAACAGCUCAUUCAGAGGCUCAAUGCAGAUGUACUUAAGACAGCUGAAAAGUUGUAUCGUACAGCAUGGAUUGCAAAGCAGCAGAGGAUUAAUUUGGAUCGGCUUAUCAUAACAAGUGCUGAAGCUUCCCCUGCUGAAUGUUGCCAACAUGCCAAGAUUUUGGAAGAUACACAGUUUGUUGAUGGAUAUAAGCAAUUGGGAUUUCAGGAGACCGCUUAUGGAGAAUUCUUGAGUCGAUUAAGGGAAAAUCCUCGUCUUAUUGCCUCCUCUUUGGUUGCCGGAGAGAAACUUAAUCAGGAGAACACACAAAGUGUUAUUUACACAGUUUUUACCUCCCUGUAUGGCAAUUGUAUUAUGCAAGAAGAUGAAAGCUACCUCCUUCAGGUUUUGCGAUACUUAAUUGAAUUUGAACUUAAAGAAAGUGACAACCCCAGGCGACUUUUGAGGAGAGGAACUUGUGCCUUCAGCAUCUUAUUUAAACUUUUUUCUGAAGGACUGUUUUCUGCCAAACUUUUCCUCACAGCUACUUUACAUGAGCCAAUCAUGCAACUGCUUGUUGAAGAUGAAGAUCACCUAGAAACAGACCCAAACAAGCUAAUUGAGAGGUUCUCCCCAUCUCAACAGGAAAAACUCUUUGGAGAGAAAGGCUCAGAUAGAUUCAGGCAAAAGGUUCAAGAGAUGGUUGAGUCCAAUGAGGCCAAAUUAGUGGCUUUGGUGAACAAAUUUAUUGGUUAUCUCAAACAGAACACAUAUUGUUUUCCACAUAGUUUGAGGUGGAUCGUGUCACAGAUGUACAAAACCCUCUCAUGUGUAGAUAGACUGGAAGUUGGGGAGGUCAGGGCAAUGUGUACUGAUCUCCUAUUGGCCUACUUCAUUUGUCCUGCAGUUGUCAAUCCAGAACAGUAUGGAAUAAUUUCUGAUGCUCCUAUUAAUGAGGUGGCACGAUUUAAUCUGAUGCAGGUUGGCCGCCUUUUGCAGCAGUUGGCAAUGACUGGCUCUGAAGAGGGAGAUCCCCGGACAAAAAGCAGCCUUGGAAAAUUUGACAAAAGCUGUGUUGCUGCUUUCCUUGAUGUUGUGAUUGGGGGCCGUGCAGUGGAGACCCCUCCAAUGUCUUCUGUUAAUCUUCUGGAAGGGUUGAGCAGAACUGUGGUUUACAUAACCUACAGUCAGCUUAUUACUCUGGUGAAUUUUAUGAAGAGUGUGAUGUCUGGAGAUCAACUGAGAGAAGAUAGAAUGGCUCUUGACAAUUUAUUGGCAAAUCUACCCCAGGCCAAGCCAGGAAAAAGCAGCAGUUUAGAAAUGACUCCUUACAAUACUCCUCAGCUGUCUCCAGCAACCACUCCAGCAAAUAAAAAGAAUCGCUUACCUAUAGCAACUCGGAGCAGAAGCCGCACUGGUAUGCUAAUGGACCUGCAUAUGGACCAUGAAGGGUCAUCUCAGGAAACCAUCCAGGAGGUACAACCAGAAGAGGUGUUGGUCAUUUCCUUAGGGACAGGUCCCCAGCUUACUCCAGGGAUGAUGUCAGAAAAUGAGGUCCUAAACAUGCAACUCUCGGAUGGAGGACAAGGAGAUGUCCCUGUUGAUGAAAACAAACUCCACGGUAAACCUGAUAAAACCUUGCGCUUUUCCCUCUGCAGUGAUAAUCUGGAAGGAAUAUCUGAAGGUCCUUCAAAUCGCUCCAAUUCAGUGUCCUCUCUAGACUUGGAGGGAGAGUCUGUAUCAGAACUUGGAGCAGGACCUUCUGGGAGUAAUGGAGUUGAAGCUCUACAGCUGUUGGAACAUGAGCAAGCUACAACACAAGAUAAUCUUGAUGAUAAGCUAAGGAAGUUUGAAAUUCGUGACAUGAUGGGACUGACAGAUGAUAGGGACAUAUCAGAGACAGUGAGUGAGACCUGGAGUACAGAUGUCUUGGGAAGUGACUUUGACCCUAAUGUUGAUGAAGAUCGCAUGCAAGAAAUUGCAGGUGCAGCAGCAGAGAACAUGUUAGGCAGUUUGCUGUGCCUCCCAGGUUCAGGGUCAGUGCUUAUUGACCCCUGCACUGGUUCUACCAUAUCAGAGACAACAAGUGAAGCUUGGAGUGUAGAGGUAUUGCCAAGUGACUCAGAAGCACCAGACCUAAAGCAGGAAGAGCGUCUGCAAGAACUGGAAAGCUGCUCUGGACUGGGUAGCACAUCUGAUGACACAGAUGUCAGGGAAGUCAGUUCCCGCCCCAGCACUCCAGGCCUCAGUGUUGUGUCGGGCAUAAGUGCAACCUCUGAGGAUAUUCCCAAUAAGAUUGAAGACCUGAGAUCUGAGUGCAGUUCUGAUUUUGGGGGUAAAGAUUCUGUCACUAGUCCAGACAUGGAUGAAAUAACACAUGGUGCCCACCAGCUGACCUCUCCCCCUUCUCAGUCAGAGUCUCUGCUUGCCAUGUUCGAUCCGCUGUCUUCACAUGAAGGGGCUUCUGCUGUGGUAAGGCCAAAGAUUCACUAUGCUAGGCCAUCGCAUCCACCACCAGAUCCCCCAAUCCUGGAAGGAGCUGUGGGAGGAAAUGAGGCCAGGUUGCCAAACUUUGGCUCCCAUGUUUUAACUCCAGCUGAAAUGGAAGCGUUCAAGCAAAGGCAUUCUUAUCCUGAGAGAUUAGUUCGCAGCAGGAGUUCUGAUAUAGUAUCUUCUGUUCGGCGACCCAUGAGUGACCCCAGCUGGAACCGACGUCCAGGGAAUGAAGAGCGAGAACUCCCUCCAGGUGCAGCCAUUGGUGCUACUUCUUUGGUGGCUGCACCUCACUCGUCAUCCUCAUCCCCAAGCAAGGACUCCUCCAGAGGAGAGCCUGAAGAACGCAAAGAUAGCGAUGAUGAGAAAUCAGACAGGAACAGACCUUGGUGGAGAAAACGUUUUGUUUCAGCCAUGCCUAAAGCUCCUAUACCAUUUAGAAAGAAAGAAAAACAAGAAAAAGACAAAGAUGAUCUGGGGCCUGACAGAUUCUCAACACUCACAGAUGAUUCCAGCCCUAGACUUAGUGCACAAGCUCAAGUUGCUGAGGAUAUUCUGGACAAAUACAGGAACGCCAUUAAGCGGACCAGCCCCAGUGAAGGAGCAAUGGCAAACUACGAAAGUGCAGAGGUUAUGGGUGAUGGCGAAAGUGCACGUGAUUCUCCUCGUGAUGAAACGCUGCAGAACAUCUCAGCUGAUGAUCUCCCAGACUCUGCGAGCCAAGCAGCCCACCCUCAGGAUUCAGCUUUUUCUUACAGAGAUGCAAAAAAGAAACUGCGGCUUGCUCUUUGUUCUGCCGAUUCUGUUGCCUUCCCAGUGCUAACCCAUUCAACAAGGAAUGGUUUACCAGACCAUACAGACCCAGAAGACAAUGAAAUUGUUUGCUUUUUAAAAGUUCAAAUAGCCGAAGCAAUUAAUUUACAAGAUAAGAACUUAAUGGCUCAACUUCAAGAAACAAUGCGUUGUGUGUGCCGUUUUGAUAACAGGACUUGUAGGAAACUGCUGGCAUCUAUUGCUGAGGACUACAGGAAAAGAGCCCCAUAUAUUGCUUAUCUCACUCGUUGUCGACAAGGACUACAGACCACACAGGCUCACCUGGAGAGGCUAUUGCAAAGGGUUUUGCGGGACAAAGAGGUGGCCAAUCGAUACUUUACCACUGUCUGUGUGAGGCUACUGCUUGAGAGCAAAGAAAAGAAGAUCAGGGAAUUCAUUCAAGACUUUCAGAAACUCACAGCAGCUGAUGAUAAAACUGCUCAGGUCGAAGAUUUUCUGCAGUUUCUUUAUGGCGCAAUGGCCCAGGACGUCAUAUGGCAAAACGCGAGUGAAGAGCAGCUUCAGGAUGCUCAGCUGGCCAUUGAGCGAAGUGUGAUGAAUCGGAUUUUCAAGCUAGCUUUCUACCCUAAUCAGGAUGGAGACAUACUUCGUGACCAGGUUCUUCAUGAACAUAUCCAGAGAUUGUCUAAAGUUGUGACUGCAAAUCACAGAGCUCUUCAGAUACCAGAGGUUUAUCUUCGGGAGGCACCGUGGCCAUCUGCACAAUCAGAAAUCAGGACAAUAAGUGCUUACAAAACCCCCCGGGACAAAGUGCAGUGCAUCCUGAGAAUGUGCUCUACGAUUAUGAACCUCCUGAGCCUGGCCAACGAGGACUCUGUCCCUGGAGCAGAUGACUUUGUCCCUGUGUUGGUGUUUGUGUUGAUAAAGGCAAAUCCACCCUGUUUGCUGUCCACUGUUCAAUAUAUCAGCAGCUUUUAUGCCGGUUGUCUGACUGGGGAGGAGUCCUAUUGGUGGAUGCAGUUCACAGCAGCAGUAGAAUUCAUUAAAACCAUCGAUGACCGAAAGUGAGCAAGGCCACGGCCCACCAAGUCAGCAGACUGCUGGGCAAACAGAUCUCUUAGAAGAUGUAGCAGCUGUUUCAAAGGCUGAAGAUGGUUUUUGUAUAAUAUUGUACAGCAUUCAGACAUUUUAAAACAGAUCUUUACUAAACAAAUUAGUGAGCUAACAA